UGAAUAAUUUCCCGAAUCUUGUCAGACGUUGUGAAAAUAUGAACGAAUAAAUCUAACAAGGAAAUGAUUAUGGGCUUAUGGGCUUUGUUGAGCAGAUUUGUGUUGCGUUCUAAGCCCUGAGGAGAUUUCAGAUUGGGCCAAGUCAAGUCAACUACGGCCCAAGCGAGCACGACCGAAUCCAUUACAUAUCUCAAGACAACAAAACCCUACUUAGAACGUAGAAGCGGCGGCCGCAAGCAGCAUCAGAGAGAAGAAGAACCCGUCCGUGGCGUCGUACAAGCUCCUCGUCGCAGCAGCAUCUGCUCUCCGUUGACAGCCAUGAAGUUCAACAUCGCUAAUCCCACCACCGGGUGCCAGAAGAAGCUGGAAAUCGAUGACGAUCAGAAGCUGCGUGCCUUCUUUGACAAGAGGAUCUCCCAGGAAGUCAGUGGUGAUGCGCUUGGAGAGGAAUUUAAGGGCUAUGUGUUCAAAAUCAUGGGAGGUUGUGACAAGCAGGGCUUCCCCAUGAAGCAGGGUGUCCUGAACCCUGGUCGUGUUCGCCUUCUGCUUGCCCGAGGAACCCCAUGCUUCCGUGGAUAUGGAAGGCGCAAUGGGGAGCGCCGAAGGAAGUCUGUGCGUGGUUGCAUUGUGAGCCAGGACCUUUCUGUUCUCAACUUGGUCAUCGUGAAGAAAGGUGAGAGUGAUCUCCCAGGGCUAACCGACACAGAGAAGCCCAGAAUGAGAGGGCCAAAGAGGGCAUCCAAGAUCCGCAAGCUUUUCAAUCUUUCCAAAGAUGAUGAUGUCAGGAAGUAUGUCAAUACAUACCGCCGAACUUUCACCCGAAAGAAUGGUAAGGAAGCGAGCAAAGCUCCUAAAAUCCAGAGGCUGGUGACUCCAUUGACUCUGCAGAGGAAGAGGGCAAGGCUUGCUGAGAAGAAGAAGAGAGUAGCAAAGGCCAAUGCUGAUGCUGCUGAGUACCAGAAGCUCCUUGCUUCGAGACUGAAAGAGCAGAGAGAUCGUCGCAGUGAGAGCUUGGCCAAGAAGAGGUCAAGGUUGUCUGCUGCUUCCAAGCCUUCUGUUGUAGCUUAAGACUGAGGGCUUUUUUCUAUGUGGUGCCGAAGGGUUGUUGUUGUCCUCGAGUUGGAAGUUCCUAAAUUUUGAAUGAAGUUUCAGAUGAACUAUUUGUACCCAACAGCUUUUUUAUGAUCAGUAGGUGUGAAUUUUGACUGUUGCUACAUAUCUCUUGGGGUUGCCUGCUGAUUUUUGUUAUGUCAUUUUUCCUUUGUGCAUUUCUUUUCCAAGGAUUCCCAGUCGAUCUCGGAUUCAGGCUUCGACCAUCUAGCAUGAUUUCUCAGCCAUUUUUUUUUAAACUUCAUCCAAAUGUUCCUUUUCAUGUUAGUUAUGACAUAUAAGUUGAUGUACACUCAAUGGUUUAUGGAAUAUAAUAUCUAUUAAUUUGACGAUUCUACCUAGGGCUGGAGGUUCGGUUACCGGUUACCGGUUAACCAGCCGGUUAAACCGAUAACCGGCGGUUAUCGGUUAAUCGAUAACCGAUAAAAAAAAAUUAUCUUCGAAACCCAUUUGAAAUUAGAAGGGGCGGAAAUCAAACCGAAAAUUAUAUGCUUUGGUCGGUGGUCGGAGCACCUAAUAGGUAAUUCGGUAAACCGAGUAACCGAAAACUGGUUAUCCGGUUAACCGACAGUAACUGAAAAUAACCGACCGACCACCCCCUCACCAAAACGAUGUGAAAAUACCCGGUUAUGAAGUUUAUAAUUUUUUUUUUUUAUAAGGGUGAUAUAGGUUUCUUUUUUGUGAUUAAGGUACUACUUAAGGGAUUUGAACCUGAGACCUCCAGGUUCUAGGCUAGUGGUAUUACCACUAGACCAAGCCCUUGUUCGUAAUGAAGUUUAUAAUUUUAUGUUGAAUUUGAGACAUUAAUUUGGUGAUUUAGAUGUAGAAAUGUAAGUUAGAACCUUUCAUUUUAGGCAAUUCUAAUAAUUUUACCCGGUUAAAACCGAACCACCAUCAUUUUUUCGGUUAUCUCGGUUAACCGACCAAUUAACCGAUAACCGACCGGUCGGAUAUUGGUUAACCGAGACAUUGGCGUCGGUCGGUGUUCGGUAGGGGGAGAUGGUGGUUCGGUUAACCGGUAACCGACCAAUCGGUUAUCGGUUAUAACCGAACCGAACCGAAUCCACCCUAAUUCUACGGAAUGUAAUUGAGUUUCAUGUAUGUAUGUAUUCAUUACAAAUUAACCAGUUGUUUAUCAAGGUGCAACUACUUAAUUAGCAAAUUAAAUCGCUUGUGGGCUUCCCCAAAGAUUGUUUUAGUGAUUGCCAUUACCAUCUUAUUUUCUUUGAACCCAUGAUAACAUUCCCCACAAAAAAGUUGGUGGACCAAUCCACAUAUGUUUACUAUUCUUUUCGUUCCAUUUCAUGAACAAAACAGUUAAACCCAAAUUUCCUUUUUUUUUUUAAUAUAGAAAGAACAUACACUAAUUAUUAAUUCUAUAUAUAUAUAUAUAUGUCCAAGUCAUUUUUUUCUUCUUCUGUGGUAGUGUGUCAUAAUACUAUGGAUUUCAAACAUUGAUGUUGGUCCUUUUGAUGUAGUGAGUGAGGAACAUCAUACCACAUAAAGUUUGUGUCUCUAAUUUGUUGUCAAAACCCAAAAUUAUUGGAACCAUAUCAGAUUUCCACAUAUCAAACACAACACUCUUUCUAGCUAUGUGGUUGUUACCUUUAACAUGUCCUAUCAUGUUCUCCACUAAUUAUGUAACAACUGAUCACUUGGUUCCUUCUUUUUUUUUUUUUCUUUCUUUCUUUUCCCCCCCUUAUCACAUCAUGUCUCUUUAUAUAUGGGAGGUAACUUUUUUGUAGAUCUUUUGUUUAUAUAGGAACUACGUUACCAACAUAAUUGAUGUGAAGUGAAGACUCGAUGUGAAUUCCGGGAAACUCGAAUGUGACAACUAUAAUUUUGAUACUAUUAAUGUUGUAGCAUUCUAUAAUUCAAUAUGUUUUUUCAUAUAGCUUAUGUAAAUUUUUUGUUUGUUUGAGUUAGAAACUCAAAUAUGACACCUGUAGUUGUGAUGCGACUAAUAUUGGAGCAUGUGUUUGUUAGAGAUAGAUUAGGAAUAAUCUUAUAUUUCCUUGUCCUUAUAGUAUAGUUCUUAGUAUUACCGUGUCCUUUUAGUAUUGUGGUUCUCUUACUUAUUGUCCAAGUCUUGUAAUCUAUAUAAACCCCUUUGUGGUUUCAUAAUAAUAUACACUACUAUUCCUAAAACUCCUAUAUGGUAUCAGAGCCUCUAGCUUAACAGCCUUGAUCAGGAACCCUAAAAUCUUUUUCCCCCUUCACCACCGAGAUGAGUCCUCACUCACCCGGUUAAUUCCCUCCUCCCUUCCGCAGUCUUGUUCUUUACCUUGCUUUUUCUUUCACGUAGCUAUAAUCCUAAUGAGUUCGGUUUUCCUUUCUCAAUAAAAAAACCCCUAUGCUAAUUGUUUCUUGUCCCGCACCCCUAGCCAUUAUCCCUAACUGCUUGCUUCCCAGCCCCACGUCCCAAGCGGUGAUAAUUCUAGCUUCCAAUUGCCACUCUCCCAAAAGCAUUCCUUCAUUCUAUAUCAUAAUCAUUAUUUUUCGUUGGAGAUUCUGAUAGUUGUUUCUCUGUCGAUUGACCACUGCCGCAUUGUCAUUGGAGAUGAAGAUCCGGUUUUUAUAGCCGAUGCUAUCGUUCUUAUCUUAUUUUCAGACUGUUGCAGAAUUAUAUAGCGGAGCCACGGUCAUCCUCCAGCCAUCUCUUCUUUACGUGUAUGGAACGAAGAAAGCUUCUCCGACAACGGUCAUUCGGAUGUGCCUCGUGUCCUACACCAGUUUACGUUUAUUGGUAUCGUUAAAACCAAUUAAUUAUUGUUCAUCUCGUUUCCGGUCAAUUUUUGACGACGAUUGAGUUUCGUUGCAACGUAUGAAUUGCAAGUUUGAUGAUUUCUUCUUCUCCAAGACGACGGUUAGUUGGCUUCGCUCUUCAAGCACGAGAGUUCGACGAGUUUGCAGCACAUUAUACACCAUCACAUUGUGGGGGCGUGUUCUUCAAGAUUGUCGUAUUUUGGUCAAGAUUGAUGUUGUUCUUCACACCAUCAUCUUGCGGGGGCGUGUUAGAGAUAGAUUAGGAAUAAUCUUAUAUUUCCUUGUCCUUAUAGUAUAGUUCUUAGUAUUACCGUGUCCUUUUAGUAUUGUGGUUCUCUUACUUAUUGUCCAAGUCUUGUAAUCUAUAUAAACCCUUUUGUGGUUUCAUAAUAAUAUACACUACUAUUCCUAAAACUCCUAUAGUGUUUAUCUUAAAUUUUAUAAUUCAAUGUGUUUUUUUUUAUGACUAAUGUGAUUUCCUUUUAUUUUAUUCUCAAUUUUCUUCUUGUCUUUUCUUCAACGGACAACAACAUUAUUAGCAUGAUCAAUGAUGUGGUUUAUGAAGUAUAGUAAUUUGUUGUUUGUAUUAUCUUUAGUAAGUAGCCAAAAAGCCGAUACUUAGAUGCAUAAGACCAACUUUUGAUAGCAACCACUCGUGUUAAUCCAAAUGUCAAUCAAACAUUGUACUUGCCUUCCUCUUUUCUUUAUCCAAACAUUCCUAAAGUCAUGAAUUUUGAUAAUUCAUAGAUUACAAAAAAAAGAGGAGGUUCUAGAAAUGGGAUCCAAGGGUACUAAUUGAAUAUAAAUAAUUCUAGCGAUAUAAUUAAACAAUUAUGUUUUAUUAAUCACUCUCAUCUUUGUUUAUGGUGAUCGAACUUCGAAAAACAAAAAAUUUAACCAAUUUCAAUGAUUGGAAUUCUAUUUUAGCCCCUCCGACGCAUCGCCCUCGAUAGUUAUAUCAUGUUAAUAACCCAUAUAUUAACAUAAACAAUGCAUGUCACGACCUUUGUUUGCGUUUUAUACGCAGACGAUGGUGAUGUAGUUGUGUUCACAAACAUACAAUUUGCAUAUUGUUACUUCUUUUGUUAAUGAACUCAUCUACAACAUAUGAGGGAAAUGCUCAUGAAUGCGUAUCUUUCUGUCGAUAGAUGCAUAAAACAACAAGCAAAACACCUAUGAAAUUCUAACUGACAAUCACAAAAAUCGUUCUGCCGCUGAUAUUGCUAGAUCAACAGUCCGUAGAUAGAUUACCUCGCACUCGAUUCAAACUCAAUGCUAUAUAUUCAAUCCCCUCAUAGCACAAAAUGGUAAGCAAGUCUAGGAGUUCUCCCUCUUGCCCCUACUUUGUGCGCGUGCUAUUUUGGUAUAAUCCUGCCAUGAAACCUUUCUCUAUAGUCGUCGACGAUUAGAAAUUCUUUCACAUCAAUCCACAAAAUUUUGUGGCGUGGGAUUAAUAGCUUUCUAUAGUGUUGUAGUUGGGUUUCACAGAAAUGACACAUUAAUAUGUUGUGUUCAUGUUCAUUUCCCUAUACUAUAUGCCUAUAAAUCGUCCCCCCUACCUCCACAAGUGAAAGUGAAAGCCCACCAAAGUCUUGCAAGUUGUCAUUUCAAGUUCGUUUUUGCGCCUUCCUAGCUAGCUCGCUAUUUAUGCAUAUCCCAUGAAUCCAUUCCUAAAGAGAUGUGUCGAAAAUGACAGAGCCUGGAGUUCAUUUGACUUCACUAUGCCCUCUCAAACGAUAGAGACUCGGUGUUCUUUUCAAUGGAAGGAAUACGAUCUUAGUACGUUAUCUUUAUCAAAAUACGGGUGUAAGUUUGAGUAUAGUGUUAGCAUGAGAUGGGUCGACUUUCGAAGAAAGUCGUAAGUCGAUAUGAAGCUCGGACACCCAUCAUUAGUGAGUAGUUAACUAGUUAUCGUGAUGCUACUAUACUACGCACAAGUAAAAUGUCGUUGGUUUCUAAAUCGAAUAAGUCGCAUUUGUUAAAUGUCCAAACUGAAAUGUCCAACCUUAUAUCCUCAUCGCCAAAAAUGGUAUGGGAAGCCGAUAAAUGUUUAUGUUUGUCAAACCCUCUUUCCUUGAUUUGAUUCUCAUACAUAACUUUAGAGCUAGUUAGGCGUAUAUGAUCAAACCCUAGCUAGCAUCUUCCUUCCAUGCAUGUCCAUUUCUCAUCAUGUUUCAUUAUACUUGUGAGUGACACUAAGGCCUAAGCCUUAUCUAGAUUUGCACAUGCUAAUUUGCUCAUUGCAAAUGUAGAAAGAACACAUAGUACUACGUACUAAUACUCUAAUACAAAAUGGUCGUGGUGUGCAAUUUACGCGAGAGUUAGGUCUUCAGUUUGAUGGUUGGCAAGGGAAGAAAAAGGAGUCGUCGAUAUUGAAAACCUCGAAAACAACAUAUCGAAAUAAUGGUUGUGCAAUUAUGUGCUUUACCUAGAUGCUCCCUACACUAUACUAGAUGACCCAUAUAACUAGCCUUGGUCCAAUUGCAUAAAUUCGGAUGUUGACAUUGGAGUUUUAACAAGGAACUUGCCCGACAUGUUCAUUACCCAUUCUUCCCCACUCUCCUUGUGCACCUAUUGUGCUAUCUAGUGUGUGCUCAAAAUUAUGCUCUCUACCUAGUUCCUAUUUAGAGUGAGUCUUUUUUUAUAGCUUAGAGUGGCCGGUCGAUUGGUGCUCAACUUUCUCUUUCUGAAAUGCAACUUGCUAUGAUCCAUUUGUAGAUUUCCUCUCCUAAAGGUGUUAAUAAGUAGUUGUAGUUGGUUGGAGUUUGGUAUAGUCUUGAGUGGGGAAGUUGUGUUGAAUCCAUUGUAAUUUUGAAAACCAAACACUUUACAUUUUUUGCAAGAAAAUGUUAUCAAUUGAUGAUAUUAAUGAAAAAUUAGCUUUUACCGUCUCUACAUUUGAAAAUAACACCGGAUAUGUGCACUCUAGUUGGUCGUCACAUCUGACUCUCCCUUGAGAAACCCAGCCGGUUAAAGUUCCGGCUAAGGAAUUUCAACAAUUUAUGUUGAAUCAACAAUUUGUGUUUGGACAUGACAUCACCGGAACUGGUCCAAACUCGGCCGUGCAUAAGCUGCUUCGAUUUGAGACUGGCCAAAACAAAUUUACGAUCGGGUCCAAUUAUUUUCAAUCAACCCGGUCAAUCCAAUUCGAUUUUAACAAUAUUAUAAUAUGUAGUACUUCUUUUAAACCCUUCUAUUUCUCAAGAGACCCACAAAAAAAAAACCCCCCUUGAAGAACACUGUUUUUCUCUUUAGGAAUAUCACAUCUAAAGACUAGAAAGCUAUUCCCUUCAAGGUGAUAGGAUGGGGAUGUUAGUGUGUUUCCCACAUUCAAACUGUCAUCACCCUCAUCUCUCCUCUCCUCUGCCACUCCAAAUCAUGGGUCAGUGACAUAAUCAUCACCAUCUUCCUUUUGGUGAUUUAGCUAUUUAGCUCAACAUGAUCCAACCCCUAGUACCCCAUCAUCGAGCUAGGGGUGCGAUUCGGUUCGAUUUAAGCACAUAUUAACACGCUAAUGUUCAUUGGAUCGUAUAUUCUGCGAUUUACUAUAAGGAAUUUACGAUCAUUCGAUUUACAUGAAUUGUGCUUAAAAAUCAUAGAUCCGUGUUAGGAUCGAUAUCCGAUGUUUGUAUAUCCCCAUCUUAUACUUCGACAAUAGAAAUGGCGCCAAGUACUACCCAUAUUGUCAAAACAGCCACGUGGGUUAGGCCAGCAAUGUCCUGUGGAUAAUGAGACCGCCGUACAAUAUGGAGCCCGCCAUUUCAUGAGAUGACUUGCUCAUCAAACGAAAGAUGAAAACCCUAAAUUUUGUCCCCCUCAAAUUACUCAUAUUUCAAUGCUCAAACAUUGCCAACUAUUGUUGUUAACAUUGUCGAUCGAUCACACAUUUUCAUUGUUAGUGAUCUUAUUAUGACUUAUCUACACAAGUAGUCACAACGAACUUGAGUGUCAAGUUCACCACCACCUUCGUUAACGUUAUCAUUAACCGAUUCCCCUGUCUGUCAAGACUUGCUCUACUACAUAUGAAAUACCCACAUGACUACUAUAAGUACACGUGGUGAUACCGAGUCCACCAGGUAUCACCAUCGUUAACAUCGUCGAUGACUCUAUUAGUGGACUAAUUAACCACUUGGUCCCAAUAAUUCGAGUUGUUGGAAAAAUGGUUUGUUAAGCCUUACAAUCUCUUACCCCCCCCCCCCCCCCAAACGAAAUCUGAUGCCUAAUUGUGGAUUUGUACAGUUUGCUCAGGUUAAACCCCUUGUCCUGCUAAAACCACGCGAGGCUUUAGUUUUCACAGGUUUGACAUACCAUCCCUUGUGCUAAACGAAUUGGGCAUUAAAUGGGGGUCGUCACGAGGAUUCGAAAUCAUGACCUUUCGGGGUUUUAGACUCCAAUAUACCAUUUUAGCGAGCUAACCAAUAUUAUUGAUCCCAAUAACUCGAGUUAUUGGGAAAAGGGUCUGUUAUAUCGCGUAACAUGCACAUACCCCGCCUGCUCGUUCGGAUUUCUGACUUCGCCACCUCCCACCGGCCAUCAUCUAGCUAGGAUCGUGGUCCUAACUUUGGCGCAUCAGAGAGACUAGACUAUCUACUAGCUAUAGACAUCAUCUUCAUACAUACAAAGGUGUCGUCGAUCGCCUCUCCCUCCCGUGGGAAUAUUGCUGCAGAACGACGACGAAGAAAGGGUUAGGUCAUGAAAAAGCCGUUGGUGAAGUGGAGAACUUUCUCUUUAGUCUUGUCAGAGAGAGAGCUUACAAAUGACUGGCUAGCUGCUUGACGAACGAACGACGACUCUUUGUUCCCCCUUUUUUAUUUACUUAUCUUCUUCGAACCCAUUAAAGCUGCUGCUGCUGCUUGUGCUUGGUUGGUUGGCGACUUGUUGGAAGCAGAAGAGAAGAGCAGAGCAGAGGAGGAUUUUUGGGUAGGGGCCAACCCCAAAAAAAUGCUUCCCUGCUAGCUUGUUCUACUUUCUGAUGCCAGAUACCGCACAUGCAGAGAAAGAGAGAGUAAUGGUUGCAUGCAUCAGCUUUGUUUUUGUUGGUGGUGUGCACUUAUCAGAUUGGACAGUCUAUGUACUGUCAUUUUCUCAUAAGUGGAGGAGAGUUAGUUAGGGGUUAUUGACAUCAGUUGGUAUAUAUAUGCUGAUUGAUGAAUAUGAAAUUGGGUACAUGUGUGCAUGUGGUGCUCAAAUGAUAGGGUUUUGGUCAUGAUAUUGUGUCAGAAGUAUAUUUAUCUAAACCAUGAAUUAAAUCGAGUUUAGAGUACGUGUGUGCAUGUGAUCACUCGGACUACACCAACCUAUACCAUUAAGUUGGAAUAUGAAUUCUUUCGUGUGUAAGUUAUUUGGAUGCAUAUCAUGCUUAUAAGUGAUAGAGCCUUUUGUUGUACACUAAAGUGUUGAUGUCAUGACUUGGAUCGGACUAUCCAGCCGCUACGACUGGAAGUCACGGGGGUCCACGGUGUAUGGCUCGAUACACGUUUGGGUUGUCAGUUUUGGGCCUCGUCUGUAACCGUUUUCUUUACCAUAUUGGAUUAGGUUUAAUUGGACCCACAUGAAGAGGUAUAAAUACUCAUCAUCUCCUCUGUAAUCUGUAAUCUCCUCGACAUAGUGAAACUGGCUCUCUCCUGCUCGUGGACUUAGCUAACACACAUUGUGUUAGUGAACAACGUAAAUCGUGUGUCUGUUUUCGAUUCUCGCUUUCGUAUUCUUGCUUUCUCGAUUCCGGCGAUUUCCCGAUCGGUAACAGCGCAGUUAUAAUAUAAAGGGUAAACGCUU